AUGGCUGACGAGCCGGUUUCCCCGGCUGGCUCGAAGCACCCCACCAAACGCAGACGCAUAGCCCUCGCGUGCACAGCUUGCAGGUCUCGCAAGUCGAGGUGCAACGGUGCCCGUCCAAGAUGCUCGCUCUGUGACUCGCUCGGGUUUGAAUGCGUCUAUGAGGCAUCCGAGUCCAGCACCAACCUCAUCGUCCCGAAAGACUUUGUCGGAGAUCUUGCCGACCGGCUGAAGGCGCUAGAAGAGCGCGUUGCUAGACAUGACGCAGCCCUUGCAGAACACGCCAUUCACGUCAGCGAGAGGCCGUCGACGGCCCCAGAGCAAUCAGAAUCCUCGCGGCUCGGCCAGGUCCAUUCACGUUCCGCGGCUGAUUUUGACCGGACUCCUAUCUCACUGGAUGACGCCGACCUUCAGGAGCUGCCUCCCGAGGAGCAUCAAACUGAUGGCAUGGCGAUGUCUUUCUUGGAUGAGGAAGACUGUGGUUUUUUUGGCCCAUCUUCGAACAUCUCUCUCAUGAGACACAUUUCAUGGCUUGUUACGCAGGCUAGCCAACCGGCCAGCUCCGAAACAACUCGAUGGGGCGGCGCAUUGCUGGAUAGCGGAGUUGUCAGCACGACGCGACUGUCGUCUCCUAUUCGGGACAAUCACAGCGGGAAAACAAGCUCGUUCGAACAAUGCUCGCCACUUUUCUUGCCUUCGGAGGCGGAUACCAGGAGGCUUGUCUCGUACUAUUUUACAAACACAGGCCUUCUUUUCCCUUAUCUCCAUGAAGCAUCCUUCAUCUCCGAGUAUGACCAGUUGGUUGCAAAUGGCUUCAAGAGAGCGCGUCGGACCUGGCUUGGUCUGCUCCACAUGGUGCUUGCCAUGUCCUCUAAUACAUUGGCCGUCCAUUCGAUAGAGGAACGAGAGCAGCGAAAUGUCGAGUCCGAGAUGUUCUAUCGCUGUGCUAUGUUGCUGUGUGAUCGUCAAGCCCUUAGGGGCACAAGUGUCGAAACAGUUCAAUACCUGCUUCUUAUGACCCAAUACUUGCAAGGAACUCAGAUGUCCUUCCAGACGUGGACAAUUCAUGGCCUAGCCAUCAAAGCCGCAUUAUCGCUAGGUCUCCAUUCUAUGGAAGCUUCCAGAAAACUGGCUCCGUUAGAACAGGAGAUCAGAAAACGGGCCUGGUAUGGAUGCAUCGUGUUGGAUAGGAGUCUCAGUAUGACAUUCGGAAGGCCAGCCGCCAUACCAGUUGAAUACAUUAGACUGCCAUUGCCAAGUAAUCUUCCAACCUCAACAGAUAGUGAUAGAAUAGAUCACCAAGACAUGAGUACCAAGUUCUUCAACGCCACAAUUAAUUUGUACGAGACACUAUACCACACCAUAGCCCAAUUAUAUGGGCACAACCUGGGCUGUGACCCUCCACUCGAUGAAGCAGAGCUACUCGAUCGCAUUUUCCGACUGGAACGAGAGUUGAGUCGCUGGGAGUCAGGGCUCCCUUCAGGCUUGGCCGUCUUAAAGUCUGCAGAUUUGCCGCUUCAGCAGCCGGUUGACCCCAUCCAGCAGCGAUUUUGCGUCGUCCUGACGCUGCGCAAAUUGAAUCUUGAAAUUCUUAUUCAUCGACCUGCCCUCAUACGCACGGUGGACUUGGUCAAAGACAGCCAUCUUGUUGCAACAUCAGGCUUCGUCGAGGGUAUGCGACAGAGCUCUAUCCGAUCAUGCGUUAAGUCGGCUGAAUCAAUCAUCAACCUCGUACAUCAUUUGGUGACAUCAGAAAGUCCCUUGAACAACCUCCUAGGUGCAUGGUGGUAUAGUCUGUACUACGUUUUCAAUUCUGCUCUGAUUAUCUUCGGCCACUUUGUAUACUUGCAGUUCCAGACGGACUCCAUCAGACCGAUUUGGGAAUGCAGCGACUCUAUACGUAAGGCCACCGAAGCCUUGCAGCAUCUCGGCACCGGUAACGCCACUAUCAAAAGGUGCAAUGACCACUUGCUGCAACUAUCACAGCUGCUGCAGGAUUGGAGUGCUCGGAGUUUACAUUCCUCGAUGGUGUAUUCAAAUCAACAGCCGCUAGAACCAUUAUCGCAGAUCACUUCACUACAGCAGCCUACUGCAGGCGUUGAGAUGGACGAUUUCUCCGAUACCGUGCAAGGGUUUGACCCCGGGCUAUUCAACGGCAACGGCCUUGAGCUGAAUCACUUUUGCUUGCCUGGAGACUUCUCAACCUUGGUAUUGCCAAGCGACCAUGCGUUGAACCGCCCUCUCUAA